UCAUCUUUCUUCAUUUGCAACUGAAUCAUAUUAAAGAUGGUUGCAGAAACAGAGUUAAACUUUGUUUUGAUACCAUUACUUGCUGCAAGUCACAUCAUACCCAUGGUGGACAUGGCAAAAUUGUUAGCAGGGAGAGGCGUUACUGUCACUCUAGCCAUGACGCCCCUCAAUGCUAUCCGAUUCACUGCAGUAAUUGAUCGUGUCAUUGGUUCUGGACUACUCAUUCGGGUACUUGAACUCCAGUUUCCAGCCAAGGAAGUAGGACUGCCUGAGGGAUGUGAAAGUGCGGAUCUUCUGCCAGCUCUAGCAUUUCGAAGAAAUUUCUUUGCUGCAAUUGAUAUGCUACAAGACCAAGCUGAAAUAUUGCUUGAACAGAUGAAGCCUAAGCCAAGUUGUAUUAUUUGUGAUACUCAUAUUGCUUGGACAGCUGAGACAGCUGAUAAGUUUCAGAUUCCAAGAAUUAUUUUUGACGGAAUGAGUUGUUUCACUCAAUUAUGUAUGCAUAAUUUGUACGUCAUGAAGGAUAAAAACGAAAUUCCUGAAUCAGGGCCUUUUGUCAUCCCUGAUUUGCCAGAUAGAAUUGAAGUAAGCAAAGGUCAGCUGCCUGGAGUAUUCAAUCCAGGAAAACAUUGCAUACAAGAUAUUCGAGACAAAAUACGAGCAGCUGAAACAAGAGCCUAUGGGGUUGUAAUCAAUACUUUCGAGGAGUUGGAACAAAGGUACGUUGAUGAAUUCCGAAAACUUAGAAAUGGAAGAGUUUGGUGUAUUGGACCUUUGUCUCUAUGUAACAAUGACAAUCUAGAUAAAGCUCAGAGAGGGAAUAAGACGUCAGUUGACAAGGAGGACAGUUUAAACAAAUGGCUUGAUUCUUGGCAGCCUGAGUCUGUUGUCUAUGCAUGUCUUGGGAGUCUCGGCCGUAUUACAAUUGUACAAUUUGUUGAGCUAGCUUUAGGCCUGGAAGAAUCAGGUUGUCCAUUCAUUUUAGUCAUAAAAACAGGGGAAGGACAAGCACCAAUAGAGGACUGGGUAUCGAAAAAUAGAUUUGAGAAAAGAACAAAAGAAAGAGGGCUUUUGAUCCGUGGCUGGGCACCACAAGUAUUGAUCCUAUCACAUCCUGCUAUUGGAGGGUUCUUAACUCAUUGUGGUUGGAAUUCGACCCUCGAGGGGAUCACUGCUAAUGUGCCUAUGAUCACUUGGCCUUUAUUUUCCGAACAGUUUCUGAACGAGAGAUUCUUAGUGCAUGUCUUAAAAACAGGUGUGAGUGUUGGAUGUCAAGGAGUUAUGCAUUUGGGAGAGGAAGAGAAACCUGAAGUCCAAGUGAACAAAGAAGAAGUGACUAAAGCCAUUAAAAAAGUGAUGAACAAAGAGAAAGAAGGAAACGAUAGGAGAGAAAGAGCGAAAGAAGUUGGACAAAUUGCAAAAAAGGCAAUAGAAAAUGAUGGAUCUUCUCAUCUUAGUUUAAUACUUCUAAUCAAAGAAAUACAAGAAUUCCAACUCAACAAAUCUUGAAUUGAAAAUGCACUAGUAGUAUGGAAUGUACUUUUUGAUAAUUAUAGUGUGUUAUACUGUUUAACAAUUAGUUUGAGCCCACAAGUUACUUGUGUGGUCUUAAGAAAAUUA